CCUAAAACGGCAUCGUUAAACGGCAUCGUCUCCCUUCAAAAACCAGUGUUAAGCCCGGAUAAUGGUGGGAUAGUGCUUGGUUGCAACUGACACUACGGCGAUCGUCCAUGGAGUCUUUGGAGUCUUUGCGUCUCCUAACGCCAGCUUCCACCAAGUUUCCUUACGACAAGAAGCUUUCUUCAAUUGGUGGUUCUUCAACUCUUAUCUCAACCUCUUUAUUUGCAUCCAUGGCUUCCCCACCGAGAACGAUGGCCGCUGCAAAACGGAUUUCAAAACCCAGUAGAACUCUUACUCCAACAACGACGAAAAAUGGUUGUCAUAGCUUGAGCAAAAGCAUCUCCAGAGCUCCUAAGAAGGUCCUGGUGCCAAUUGGGUUUGGUACAGAGGAAAUGGAAGCUGUCAUCUUAGUUGAUGCUUUGCGCCGAGCUGGUGCAGACGUGACCGUCGCCUCGGUGGAGGCAGAGCUCGAGAUUGAAGCUUCAAGUGGCACAAGAUUGGUUGCAGACUCCUUCAUCUCCGCCUGUGCUGAUCAAGUUUUUGAUCUUGUCGCCCUGCCGGGAGGAAUGCCUGGCUCUGUCAGGUUAAGGGAUUGUGAAAUUCUCCAGAUGAUUACAAAGAGACAAGCUGAGGGAAAGAGGCUAUAUGGAGCUAUAUGUGCGGCCCCAGCCAUCACACUUCUGCCAUGGGGACUUUUGAAGAGAAAAAAGAUGACUUGCCACCCUGCUUUUUUCGACAAGCUCCCAACUUUCUGGGCUGUUAAAUCCAAUAUUCAAGUUUCCGGAGAGCUUACAACUAGUCGUGGUCCAGGUACUUCUUUUCAGUUUGCUCUGUCAUUCGUAGAGCAGCUGUUUGGAGACUCUAUUGCCAGGGAGGUUGGGAAUUUCCUAAUCAUGCAUAAUGGUGAUAAUAAUUCUAAGAAGGAAGAAUUCAACAGCAUUGCAUGGUCGCUUGAUCACAGUCCUACCGUUCUUAUUCCAGUUGCAAAUGGUACGGAAGAGAUUGAAGUGAUCAUUAUCAUAGAUAUUCUGCGGCGAGCAAAGGUGACUGUCAUUGUUGCUUCAGUGGAAAGGUCCAUUCGAAUUUCUGCGUCACAAGGCACACAAAUUAUUGCUGACAAGCUGAUUGGUGAUGCUGCUGGGUCAAAAUAUGAUCUAAUUAUUCUUCCGGGAGGAAUUAUUGGGGCCGAACGCGUACAGAAAUCUAAGAUUCUGAAAAAACUAUUGAAAGAACAAGAUGCAGCUGGAAGAAUAUAUGGAGCAGUUGGCUCUUCAUCAGCAGUCCUGCAGAAACAUGGUUAUCUGAAGGAAAAGAGAACCACUUCUCAUCCAUCUAUCAUUGACAAGCUCACCAAUGAAGUGGUAGAUGGAGCCACUGUGGUUAUUGAUGGAAAGCUGAUCACAAGCAAGGGACUCGCCACGGUGACAGAUUUUGCCUUGGCUAUUGUAAGUAAGUUGUUUGGUCAUGCAAGAGCAAGAAGUGUUGCUGAAGGACUUGUUUUUGAGUACUCAAGGAGUUGAACAUUGUUGUGUCAAACAAGAAGAAAGGAAAGGAAAGUUUUCACAAGUCUUACGACAUAAAGAUCAAGAACGUUUUAAGGAUUAGCUGGUGAAAGAAGAAAAUCUUCUCACUCACCAGUUGCUUGCUGAAAUGGCUAAUUGGGGACGUGAACCGAGCAUGGAGACUCCGAGACUAAAAGCACAGAAAGGUGAUAAUUUCCAAACUGCAAGCUCGUGGAGAAAGCAAGUGUGAAUUACUAUAGCAGCGGAGAAUAGAAAGCGAACUAGAGUUUGGGAUGCGUAUAGCAGUGGAGAAUAUACUAAAGUUUUUUAUCGAGCCUUGCCUCGGAUACAACAAUGAUCAGAGUUGUGAUUGUGCAACUUUGAGGCUGCAAGUUCCUCUGGUUCCAUUUCACGAGAAACUCUCAUAUAAUGGACUCUGUUAUAUUAACCUUAUGAAGUUCACAGCUUUUUUAGGUCGAAAGUAAUCAAAACCAAGUGAAUCCACUAUCUUUUGUUCA